AUGGAAAAGAAGGGCAGACCCAACUGCAACCUCGAGCUCAGCCUCCACUCACCGGCGACUUCCGGCGACGAUCACAGCCGGCGGGAGCAGGAACAGCCGCUCACGAUUUUCUACAACGGAAGGUACCGCGUCUACGACGUGACGGAGAUGCAGGCCAGAGCCAUUAUCAUGAUGCUGCCCAGUAGCAGUACAUCAAUGGCGGACGACAAAUGGGUGACGAGCCCCGGGGACGAGCAGCCGUAG